GUGGUUUUUGGUUUUGUUUUUGAACUGUGACAAUAAAAGCGCUGGCCAUCGUUCUUACUUCGCAAAACGCCAAAAUGUAACCGAGUCACAGCGACCAACGCGUAAUUUAUUUUUUUUUGUUUGGUUUUUUGGUCAUAAGAUAUUUCGGGUUCCCCAGGGGCUGGGGAAAGGUCUGGUGCACCCCGAGUUUCUGACGUGUUGCAUUUCUGUGCGUGUGUGCCUGUAUGUGCCAGCAGAAAAUCCCUCUAUCCUGGAAGAAUGGUGAAACUGGGGAAUAAUUUCAGCGAGAAGAGCACAAAGCAGCCCCUUUUGGAGGAUGGAUUUGACACCAUCCCCCUGAUCACACCCCUGGAUGUCAAUCAGCUCCAGUUCCCACCUCCUGAUAAGGUUGUGGUCAAAACGAAAACAGAAUAUGAACCUGAUCGCAAGAAGGGAAAGUUCCGUACUCCUAAAAUAGCUGAAUUCACGAUCAGUAUCACUGAAGGGGUUUCAGAAAGAUUUAAGGUAACGGUGCUGGUCCUUUUUGCCCUUGCAUUCUUAACGUGUGUUGUAUUUCUGGUAGUCUACAAGGUUUACAAGUACGAUCAUACCUGCCCAGAAGGAUUUGUUUUCAAGAAUAAUCAGUGCAUUCCAGCUGGGUUGGAAAACUACUACUCUGAACAAGACUCCAGUGCUCAAGGGAAAUUUUACACAGUCAUAAACCACUACAAUCUGGCCAAACAAACCAUCACGCGCUCAGUGUCCCCGUGGAUGACGGUACUGUCAGAAGAGAAACUGUCUGAACAGGAGACGGAAGCCGCUGAGAAAUCAGCUUAGUAUGAUAAGCUAAUUAUUAACACUAUGUCAUUUGAAGGUAACUAAGGGACUUUAAGGAACUUUUCAUUAAAUAUAAUUAUGGAUAAUUUAGAGGUUACUCAUGUUUAUGGUGCAAUUGCUUCUGUUUGCUGAUACUGCUUUGCAAAAACAAAAAAAAAACCAAAAACUUGCUGCAGAACAUUAAUGGGCAUAAAACAAGGUGCAUAUCAGCAUUGCUUUAGAGCUUUGACACCAUUUUUCAAUGUUUAAAAGAAAAAAAUCCAAUGUUAGAUAUGUUCUUGCUGUUUAUUGGAUACUGACAGAUUUCUUCACUGGAUUUUCAGGGCUUGGACCUUAGAUAAAUCAUGUGUUCUGAUUGUCUGAACCGACACUUUAGUUAGUAACUAAUUUUUUUAUUCUUUGUCACUUUGCAAACUGAAACACCCCAGCCAUAACUAGAGUGAUCUCUUGUUUAGCUGAAAGCUAUAUUUAAUAUUUAGUUUUCGCUCAAGCAGGAACAAUAAUCAGCAUUGAUGUCAAGGGCAUAAUGUAAUGACUUGUAUGGAGAAAGAAACUGCCAGGUAGCAUUUUUCUUACGUUUUCUUUACUGUUGUUUAUUUGUAAGUGAUAAUGAAGUUCUCUGCAACAAGGCAUGCUCAAUGUUUUAUUAUUGCUGUCAGCAGGAUUUAACUGCAUUUCCACUGUGGCUUUAGCAUCUUGGUAAGGAUGUGCACUGAAACACAAGCUAGAUGAUAGAUGUUACAGAAAAACACAGACAGUUUUAGUGAUGGGUGUUGAGGAUAGUGUAAAAAAUACACAGUACAGGAUGUUGUAAUGAAAAACAACAACUUUUGAUCAUACUUAAGAGGCAGAAGGCCUAUUCACAGUAGAUGUGGUCCACUAUGUAAUUUGUUGGAUACAAUUUUGGAGUAAUAAGACUAAAUUUUCUCUUUUAUUACAUGAAUAUUUUCCCUUUUGAUUAAUUAGAAAGAGCUUUCAGUUUAUGGUUUGCAGUUUGAUACUUUCUAAAAUACAGAGUAUCACAAGUGAAACAAUAGUGUUAGAUAACACAACUGGCUGUUUUAAAGCUACAUGUAAAACAGAGUGAAGAGUAGAACUGUUUAUGUUUGGCUUGGGAGGGGAGAAGCUGUAGAAGAAAAUAGUAUUGUGGAUGCACGUUAUGGUUCCAUUGUAAUUACAAACAUAUCCUUUAUGUCAAACCAUGUUUUCAUUUUUAUUAUAAAUCUUAAAUA